AUGAAUCGGAAACUGAUAAACGCGAUUCCUUCCGCGUCUGCACUUACUUCAGGGUCAAACAUCAGUAUUAUCACUAUUUUUACUUCUCUCGGGUACUUUCCCUCGCUUUCUUUCUUUCUUUCUUUCUUUCUUUCUUUCUCUCUCUCUCUCUCUCACUUGGUCACUCUCUCUUUUGCUCUCUCUCACUUUCUCAGUCUCUCUUUCUCUCUCCCCAGGUCUCUCUCAAUCUCUUUCAUUCUCUCUCUCUCUUACUCGCUCUCACACUUAUUUCUCUCUCUCUAUCACUCACGCUCUCUAUCUUUCAUUCUCUCUUACUCUCUGUCUCUCACUCUCUCUCUCUCUCUCUUAUACUCGCUCUCGCUCUUGCUCUCUCUCUCUAUUACUCACUUUCUCUUUCACUCGCACUAUCGCUGUUGCUUUCUCUCUCUAUUUCUCUUUCUCUCUCUUUCAUUCUCUCCCCCACUCAUUCUCAUUCACUCUCUUUCACUCGCUCUCUCUUGGUCUCUCUCGCUCUCUUUCACUGUCUCUCUCUCAAUCGCUCUCGCUCUUACUCUCUUUAUAUCUAUCGCUCACUCUAUUUCACACUCUCUCUCACUCUGCUUUCUCUUGCUCUCUGUAUCACUCACUCUCUCUCUCUCUCACUCGCACUCACUCUGA